UUUGACCCCACUUUUACUCUAUCAAAAUUGACGGGACUGGAAAGUCGUUUUUGCGUUUGUUGGGAAAUCGAAAUAGCAUAAUGGGGAUAAUCGGAACCCUGAGCAUGGCCCACAAGGUGUACAGUGCGCACUGGCUGCGGGAGACACAGGAUACACAGGAUGGCCCAGACGCAGGCUCCAGGACUCGUGGUCGCCUACCGAAAUGGCAUCGCCAUCGCCACCAGCAGCAGCAAGUCCAUGUGGUGGUGGCCAGCCCAAAUCGGCAGUCCCUCGAAUCCUCCCAUUCCACUUUCACUUCCCAUUCCGAAUCCGAAUCUGAGUCCGAUUCCUCCAAUCCCAGUGGCGACUUCAUCAGGACUAAGAGAUCCCGAAGUUGCCAGAGUUUCCAGUCCUUCAACGGAUCUCCUUCGAAGGAUCUCCGCCAGCUGGUCAGCUGCUGGUGGCCAUUGAACAUCUGCCACGAGAUGCGGCAGAAGCUGCAUCAGAUUGUGGAGCACUCGGCGGAGAUCUCGGUGGUCUGGCCUUCGGGAUCCGGGGAUCCAGCCUAAGGAUCGUAACCAGUAUAGAAAUAACAUUCGGUUUUAAAAUUAUUGUAAUGGUCAUUUGGUAAUCAAAAUAAAUUUUUAAGAAAUUUCAGUA